CCCUCUAUCACAGCAGCACUGUAGGGGGAAGCCUGCGAUCAUGGCAGAGGGCGACUAGGAUCGGCACCAGCCCAGGAUCGCCUGGUUCCCCGGCUGGCACUGCCCUCACACCGUUCUCUGCCCGCUCCGGCCAUUUUGCCUCUUUCCCCCGGGAUAGCAUUGUGCUUUGAUGAGAAGAAGCGAGGGAGGCAGGGUGUCUGCAAGAUCCUGGCAUGAGGUGGACAUGGAGGAAAGAGCCUGGCCCCUCCAGCCUGAGAGGUGAGGGGGCAUGCAGUAGGCAUCACUGAUCCCUGUGUGUGACUCUGCCCUGGCUGGUGCCUCCAUUGUGCUCUGCUGGAGGAGAUCGGCUCUGCAUUAGCAGCCAUGCUGCCCGGGGUCGGGGUGUUUGGCACCAGCCUCACCUCCAGGGUCAUCAUCCCUUUGCUGAAAGACGAGGGCUUCUCCGUGAAGGCUCUAUGGGGCAGGACGCAGGAGGAGGCUGAGGAGCUGGCCAAGGAGAUGAGUGUCCCCUUCUAUACCAACCGCAUCGACGACGUCCUGCUGCACCAAGAUGUGGACCUGGUGUGCAUCAACCUGCCCCCUCCUCUCACCAAGCAGAUCGCCGUCAAAACCCUAGGAAUUGGUAAGAACGUCAUCUGUGACAGGACAGCAACACCCCUUGAUGCCUUCCGAAUGAUGUCGGCUGCCCACUACUAUCCCAAGCUUAUGAGCAUCAUGGGAAAUGUCUUGCGAUUUCUGCCUGCUUUUGUGAAGAUGAAGCAGCUGAUUCAAGAAGGAUACGUGGGGGAACUUCAAGUGUGCGAGGUCCAGGUCCACAGUGGAAGUCUACUAGGAAAGAAAUAUAACUGGAGCUGUGAUGAUCUCAUGGGCGGCGGUGGACUACAUUCUGUCGGUAGCUACAUAAUAGACCUCUUGACUUUCCUAACCAACCAGAAAGCAGUGAAGGUCCAUGGACUCCUGAAAACCUUUGUGAAGCAGACAGACCACAUCAAUGGAAUCCGACAGAUAACCAGCGAUGAUUUCUGCACAUUUCAGAUGGUCCUUGAAGGUGGCGUGUGCUGUACGGUUACCCUCAACUUUAAUGUUCCUGGGGAUUUUAAACAAGACGUAUCAGUUGUCGGGUCAUCUGGUAGACUCAUUGUAACGGGGACAGAUCUCUAUGGACACAGAAACGACUCCUCCGAGCGAGAAUUACUUUUAAAAGACUCCACGCCCAUCAGCAACUCCCUCUUACCUGAAAAGGCUUUUAGUGACAUUCCCUCCCCAUAUCUGAGAGGGACUAUCAAAAUGGUACAGGCGGUGCGGCAAGCGUUUGAAGACCAGGAAGACAGGAGAACGUGGGAUGGCAGGCCACUGACCAUGGCCGCUACCUUCGAUGACUGUCUUUAUGCUCUUUGUGUAGUAGACACGAUAAAAAAAUCUAACCAGACUGGUGAAUGGCAGAAUAUAGUAAUUAUGACCGAGGAGCCAGAGUUAAGCCCGGCUUACUUAAUAAGCGAAGCUAUGCGCAGGAGCCGCAUGUCCUUGUACUGCUAGUAGACUUGGUCUGAUGGGGGGAUGUAUGCUGCUUUGUAGGGCGUUGACGUACCUAGGCAGGUGGUACCCGUCUAUGUUAUACUGUAACUUAAGCAUCUUUCUAUUAGUGCUGUGGUUGGAAAUGAGCUGAAUCCUCUCUUUCCGCAGCACACAAGCUGUGAACAUUUAUCAGAAUGUAUUUUAGCACAGGAUAAAUAUCCAGGAUUAUAGAACAUCAUUCGUCUUUGGGUUAUAUAUAGAAAUUGGUCUUCAUUGCACAUUUUCAUGGAUGCUGUUUUACCUGUAGAAAAUGUGAACUUCAGUUCUAUGCUAAAAGUGGUCAUCUGUGUCCUGUAUCCAGAGUGUGCUGGCUAUUACCUUAUCAAAGCACAUUGCACAAACUCUCACUUGAACCUAGUCCAGUCUGCUGUUAGGAUGUGUACUGCUAAUUGUAGUUCUGAAGUUCUUUACCAUUAACAGGGUUUUCCCCACUAUUAAUCAUUGAACAGAUCAGAAAAAGUCAACAUUUGCCAUUUACAUUUGGUAAGCAGUGAAGAGUUACAACAUUUACUUGCAUAAGGUGGCACCACCCGGUGUUCAAAUAUAAGAAUGUGGACGUCCGUUUACUGAGCCGAGCGCUGGUGGACACACAUGCUCAAUCACUCUUCCCACAGCUAGGUCUCUACAUAGUCCUCCUCCGUUCCCUGCGGAGCAGCCAAUAGUAAUAGCUUUCUUCUCCUUUGGAGUCUCUGGAGUACCAUGGUUGUAUAGAUCAGAAGGUUCCUUCUGCAGGGGAAUUAAGAAGAGACUAUAUUAGGAGCAGCACCAAAGGGGACACAUGGAAGCGACAAAAAUUCUUAGGCUACUUUCACACUAGCGUUUGGUGCGGAUAAUAUAGUACAGAUAAUACAACCGUCUGCAUCCGUUCAGAACGGAUCCGUUUGUAUUAUCUUUAACAUAGCCAAAACGUCUUAAACACCAUUGAAAGUCAAUAGGGGACGGAUCCGUUUUCUAUUAUGCCAUAUUGUGCCAGUGAAAACGGAUAGAUUCCAAUAAGGUCAUCCCAGGAUAGGUCGUCAUCCUCAAAACUUACAGUUAAAGCCACAUCCUAUAAGUUCCCAUAUUAAAAAAUAUUGUAUUGUGACCUACAUUUGGGUUGUCUCCCUCUCCCUCCUUUUCAUGGGAAAGAUAGGAAUAACCACAGUAAGCACGGCCUUGGGUGGUCGGAAUUACGGAGACAUCCAGACGACCAGUGCUCUGCUGUUUCUGUAACUCCCAUAGCAGUGAAUGGGAGCUAAAGAAAACAGUGUAGUACAACAAGUUACUAUGUUUCCGUAACUCAGGAGUUCCAGAAGUAGUGUAUCUUGCUCUACUAUGCUGUUUGCCUAGCUCCCAUUCACUGCCAUGGGAGUUACAGAAACAGCGGAGCACCAGCCGCUCGGCCAUUUCCAUAACUCUUCUUACUGUGGUUCUUCCCAUCUUGGCCAUGAAUUCCUGCUGGCCAGCCUUAUUAAUACAAUUACGAAAUAGUCUGGAGCAAAGUACUGAAUGCAUACUAAAAAGACCCUAUAGAAGAGUUUCACAAGGCACAUCCUACCAUGACUUGGAAGCCUUUGCUCCUGCCACAAACGAUGAGCCUUAGGGUCCAUUCACACAUCCAUGUGUGUUUUGCGGAUCUGCAAAACACGGACACCUGCAAUGCACCUUCCGCAUUUUGCGGACCGCACAUCGCCGGCACUUAAUAGAAAAUGCCUAAUCUUGUCCGCAAUUGCGGACAAGAAUAGGACAUGUUCUAUUUUUUUCGCGAACAGAAAUGCAGACCCCGAAGUGCGGAUGCGCAUUUCCGGAUCCGGGCAGCACAUCAUGCGGCCCUAUAGAAAUGAAUGGGUCCGCAAUUCUGUUCCGCAAAAUGCGGAACAGAAUUGCGGACGUGUGAAUAGAGCCUUAUGGUGGUAACACCCUGAUCAUUUCCUUCACUGUCUUUCAAUAGGCCCAGUAGUGACGGAAGAAAAUGGUU